AUGAAUACUUGGACAAAUGCUGGAGUGCCAGAGGUAGCACCAACAAACUUGCGAGUGUUGGAAAAAGGCUCUACAUCAAUCACUGUCUCUUGGCGACCUGUUUUUGGCGAAGUUUCAGGAUACAAAAUAAGAUAUAGAAAGGGAGGAAAUGGUCAAUAUACUUUUGUUCAUGUGGAAGUAAGUCUUUGGCAGUCUCAAUGGGAAGGAAACAUUAUUGACCUCGAGAAGAACACUGUGUAUAAAAUUCAAGUAGCAGGGUAUACAAAAGAUGGUAUAGGACCAUAUUCAGAGGAAAUCAUAGAGAAGACUUACAAUGAUUCUCAAUACCACAGCCCAGAUGUGAGCUUGCCAAAUGUCUCACCAGAUGCUCCUCCAGAAUUAAGUAUUCCCCGAUCAAGGCAGUUCAUAAUCCAGUCUGAAGUCAAUCUGAAGGGUGAAGUUUUUCAUAGAACAAUGUUCUUCUGGAGUGUUUAUCAGCUGGGUGACAAAGAUAUAUUAUUAUUUACCAAGAAUGGCUCAUCAGAAAUGCUGAUUUCUCCAUGCUUGUUGCCAGUUGGUGAAUUUUUGGUUCAACUCAAUGUCAGUAUGAUAGGAACAGCAGUGUUUGGGGUCAGUCAGGGUUAUUUCAAGGUGGUGAGUAGCCCUUUAGUGGCAUCCAUUGCUGGUGGAAGCAAGGUGGCCAGAGGACUGGAAAGAACAUUGAUUUUUGAUGCAUCCCUUUCAUAUGAUCCUGAUGAAGAGAAUCUGCAAUUUUCAGGCCUCAAUUUUACAUGGCUGUGCAGAGAAGAGUCAUCGCAAGAUCUUAGUAACUCAGUUGAAGGAGGAUGUUAUUAUAGGGCUGGUGAUAAAGAAUCUAUCGGACAUGAACUUAGAAUGAACAACAGUCUUCUGGCAGAAAACACCUCAUACUUUAUAACAGUACAGGUUACAAAGGGUGUAAGGCAAGCUGAGUACACUCAGGAAGUGUUUAUUGUUCCCGGCGACCCGCCAGAAGUGCAAAUUAGGUGUAUGGAGAACUGCGAUAUGAAACUGAACCCAUCUGGGAGAAUGGCUUUACAGGGCAUGUGUACAGGUGCCUCAUGUCAUAGUUCUCUUAUCUUCAAGUGGACAAUUUUAAAAGACUUGAAUAACUCUCUAAACAAUUCCCAGUGGACUGAGAUUUCAGAAAUAAAAGAGUUGAUAAGUACUCGAGUUUCAUCAAAAUCUCUCGUCACUAGGCCUGGAGUGCUGACACCCGAUACCAGGUAUAGGUUUAUAUUGACAGCACGACGAACAGGUGGAUACCACGGGUAUUCUGAGUACCACGUGACCUCAAACAGCCCGCCUGUUGGAGGAGUAUGCACUGUAAGCCAAACAUCAGGAGUCGCUCUUAUAACAGAGUUUACUUUUUCUUGUGAUAAUUGGCAGGAUCCAGAUCUUCAGUUGCAGUAUGCAUUUAUUUACCUAACAAAUGACGAUCUUCUUAAUGUGGCAUACGAAGGAGUAAAAACCAGUGUAACAACCAAACUUCCUGCUGGAGAGAGUAAAAAUAAUUUUACCAUCGACUUUCGAGUGCGAGUGACUGGCAUGUUGGGAGCAUUCGCUGAAGUGAGGACUCCCGUACAGGUCUUAGAACCCAGUAUUGAACAAGCAAACCUUACAGACAUUGUCCAAAUCCUCACAAUCGGAGAAGAAAGUGAGCUGAAGUAUUUGAUCCAAUCGGGUGACGUGUCACGUGCUGUACAAUUGACGGCGGCAGCUCUUUCGGUAGUUGAUGUCAUUGCGCUUUCGAAAACGACAGAAAGUGAGGCCAAUGAGUUGACUAAGAAACGGAUUAUGAUUAAAUCAAACAUCAUACAGCUGUUAUCAGCCAUCAACGUAGAUACAGUAGUUAGAGUCCAGCAGGUGUCGAAUGUGAUUGCCUCUGCCAGCUCGGUCAUUGACGAGGUUACCGUCGAAGCACAGAAAGAUGCAACGGAUGCGCUUGAAAAGAUGACAUCAGUUUUGAAGGUGGAGAGUACAGCUGGGGAAAGUUACGACUCGCUUUUUAAUGGUGCAAAUAGUCUUGUGACUGGUCUUGGUAGCAUACUUAAGGUAGCAUCACAUGAAGCUAGUGUAUACGAUUCGCAUUUGCAGGAGAAGUCUCACAUCAAAGCCAGCUUCAUAACUACUGAUGAACGACUCUCACGUAAAAGCCGGGGGUCAGCGUUUAGGGUAAGAACUUCUUUGCCGUAUUUAUGGGCCGGAAGGAGCGAAAGAGACGCAUCUGACGCCAAGCUGCAGGCUCGAAUCCACGUGGAGAGUAUACUCCAGUCUUUGAGAGAGGUCGGGAAUAUCAUCUUGUCCCGAACUAUGGUUGGCGAGGAACCAAAACAGCUUUCAGCCCAGGCCACGUCUCUGUUAGUGCUGCGAGAGGAGCCAGAUAAGCUCGCUAGGACUACUUUGGCAAACAAAGGAAACAGUUUUUGUCUUACCUCACUAUCCAUCCAGUUAACUAAUGUUACCCAGUUUGUAGAUAGCCAGAUGGUAACAACAGACUUUACGCCCUUCUCUUGGAACCCCUCAGGAUCAAGAGUGACGACUGCAGUUUCAAGCCUUGAACUUAAGAACAGCUCUGGGCAUCCCCUGAAUACGACAGAACUGACAGCGCCGAUUGCCGUAAAACUUCAGAACCAGGACUUCACAAAUGCUUCUCAGGCUCAUUACGUUGGAGCUAACAGAACUGUUUUCUACAAGAUAAUUGUCACUCAAUUAGGGAUGGCAUUGAUGCUAAACAUUCGUCCGGAAAGCAACAAGACAGAGUUUGUGGUUACUGUUAAGUACGGAGAGCGGCCUUCCCCAAGUAAAAGCGACUUGAAUCUAACAAUACCUGACCUUUCAUCUUGCUAUAAGAUGCCAGAUGGUUAUGCGAACUGUUCACGCGAUCCUUAUAUAGUUUUCGUGAACCAGGAAUUCGUUGAGAACAAAGGUCCUGGAUACUACUUUAUCAGCCUUACAGCCGUAUCAAAAAUUUCUGAGACCUCUCGUUCUAGGCGCUGCACAAAGCAGUCAUGUAUGCAGUACAAAGAACUGCCCACCACGGGUGCAAGUUUCAACGUACCCCAAUACCGUGAAGGAGAUGAAAAUUAUACCAUACGAGUAAUGUCGGCUGCUUGUCUGUUCUGGAACGCAGUAAUAUCUCAGUGGACAUCUGAAGGAUGCAAGGUAGUCGAAGAGACAACUCAAGAUUACAUUCAUUGCUCUUGUAAUCACCUAAGUACUUUUGGUGGUCAGUUACUUGUGGCGCCCACCCCCAUCGAUUUUGAUAAGGUUUUCACAGAGCUAGUUCGCUUACCGGAUAGUGGAAACUUAGCUGUUAUAAUAGCAGUCAGCUGUGCAUUUGGUCUUUACCUAGGAAUGCUGCUAUGGACUCGGAAGAAUGACAAACUUGAUCUCGUAAAGGUGGGCGAGAGGGCACUUAUAGGAGUGCCUAUGCCUUGGUCUCAUAUGGUUGAGGUUCAAGUAUCUACAGGCAUCUGGCGAAACUCGGGAACCACUGCCAACGUUUUUAUUGUACUAGAGGGAGAGUUAGGUACCAGUCGACCUUACCAUUUGAAGCACCAUUCGUGCAUUCCUUUUGCAAGAGGGAGUAUUAUUUCUUUCGUUAUUUCCAUUCCUACCAACAUCGGCACCAUAGAAACCGUUCGCAUAUGGCAUGACAACUCGGGCACCAGUCCAUCAUGGUUUUUGAAUCACAUCAAUGUUAGCGAUCUGUCCACUAGGAUAGAAAGGAAGUUUGUCUGUUUUUCGUGGCUGGCUGUUGAUAAAGGUGAUGGACAAAUAGAUCGCACACUUCAUUUCACUUCAGCGGAUGACAGAAGAAUUGAUUUUUCCGCGUAUGUUCAGAAUAGAAUUGCUGAAGAAGUCAGUGAUUUACAUUUAUGGUUUUCUGUCGUCACAAGACCACCAAGGUAUCGAUUUACCCGCGCGCAACGUUCGUCUUGCUGUCUGGCACUAUUGCUGACAACCAUGCUAACCAGUGCGAUGUUUUACGAGCAUAGAACAGCGAUGGACGACACACAGGGAUCGUUGAGGUUGGGCCGUUUUGUCGUAAACUUCAGAGAGUUCAUCAUUGCAGUGCAGAGCCUUACAGUUGUAUUUCCUGCCUAUAUCUUGACUGUGCAACUUUUUGCUCGUACUCGAUCCUCGAACGAGAAUAAGCGACUGGCUCUGAAAACCAACGCAAGGACGAAAUUUACUCAGAGGGAACGCGAGUUUUCUUUCCCACACUGGUUUAUUUGCGCUCCCUGGCUCUUGUGUUUUCUUCUUUCGACCUGUUCGGCGGCUUUUGUUAUCUUCUACAGUCUACAGUGGGGUGCAGAUACAAGUGAGCAGUGGCUGGUUUCUGUUGCAAUGUCAAUUUUGUUGGACUUUUUUGUGACUGAACCUUUCCAAAUCAUCGUCAUUGCCUUUCUGCUGCCUCGUAUUUUCAAAAGAGAACCUGAUAGGUCUACCUGGACAUCUUGCCCUGACGACUCAGAGGUUUAUCUCGAAGAUAUCAAAGUUGGCGAGCUAGGCUGGGAUGAAGCCGACGAAGAAGAAGUCAAAACACCAAAGCCUUUAACGAAGAGAAAAUUGCGUCACACAAAGGCUGCUCGAAUGAGGGAGAUAUAUAUGUAUACAGCUCUUCGAAAUAUAGUGUCUUACUUGUUGUACUUGUGUAUUCUUUGUAUUGUUUGCUACGGUGGACGUAGCGAGCAUGGGUACCUGAUGACAUCGUCCAUGAAGAAUACAUUUGGAGAACUUAAUACGAUUUCAAAUCACUUCAACACAUGGGACUGGGCACGUGACGUUUUGGUGCCAGGUCUUUAUGAGGAUGGGAAAAACGUCACACUGAAUAGUUCCAGGCCGCACAUUGGAGAUGGCGACGCUUUUCUCGUUGGAAUGCCUCGUCUUAGGCAGCUACGAGUCAAAGAAGGCUCCUGUGAUGUCAGUAUAGAGGAAUUGACAACGCCUUUCAACUCCUGUGUGGCUACAUACACAUUCGGUAUCGAAGACAAAACCAGCUUCCAUGAAAAAAAAUGGCGUUUGUCUUCCUCAUUUCAAAAUAAUAGGUCACUCAUUAGUCUUCCUCAGGUCUGUCCAAGUGCUUGGCAUUAUUCUUCAGCCCAACAAACAUUAAAUCUUCCCUUAUGGGGAAGACUUUAUCUGUUUAACUUUUAUAGUGAAGGAGGCUACCUGGCCGAGCUGGGCUACAAUAAAACCACAGCCCUGAAAGUCAUCUCUGAACUUAACUUGUUUGACUGGAUUGACAGGUUUACCAGUGCUGUAAUUUUUGAGUUCACGGUUUUUAACUCUCAAGUAAAUUUGUUCAGCGUGAUUUGGAUCCUAACCGAGUUUUCACCAAGUGGUCUCGUGGUCUCUAAUCACGUGAUUCAUACUAUUCACAUAUAUGACAUUGGCAGGGGCUACAGUGCUGUCACCGUAACUUGUCAGUUGUUACUAGUGGUUUAUAUUGUAUACUUUGUUGUUAAGGAAACGAAGAAGAUGAUUGCGGGAAUUAAAAAAUAUUGUUCACAGUUUCUUAACUGGAUUGAACUCACGCAGACUUUUACAGUCAUUGGCUUUCUUACUACUUACGUUAUGAAAGAAGCAGAGCUCUUUGCUACCACAGCGAAACUUAAGGAAAACACUUUUAAAUCUAUCAGCUUUGAUUGGGGAGUUCUUUUGCAAGGCUUAGAAACGGUAUUAAUAUCGUUACUGAUGUUUUUGAACACUUUAAAGUUGCUCUAUUUUCUCAAAUUGAAUUCCCACGUGAGGCAUUUAUUUCAUACAAUGAAAGGAUCUGCUCAAGAACUCGCUCAGUGUUCAGUUGUAUUCGCUGUCUUCAUGUUUGGAUGUAUUCAUGUAGGAUACCUUCUGUUUGGGAGAGAACUUUACUCCUUUUCUUCGCCUUUCAUCAUUCUACAGUCUCUUCUAGUCGAAGGAGUCGUCGGUGGCAGAGUCGACUAUUUUAACGAUUGCUCUACAAUCAUUGUCCCUGUUUAUUUUACGGCGAUAAAAAUGGCAGUGAGUCUUAUAUGCAUCAAUAUUUUCAUUUCUGUUCUUGUCUAUAAAUAUGGCAGCAUCAGGCAACUUUCCAGAGGGAAGUUUGAUCUUGGACGCUUCAUGGUAAUGAAAAUGAAAGAACUACUGGUUUGUGGGGGCGACCAUCUGAGAGCGAAUGAAGACAUUUCUGAGCAUGAUUUACCAAACGCGGAGAUCGAGGAGGAUAUUCUUCCUGAGGCAGCAGAGAUAUUGGCGAGGCUGGAUCGGAUUAAUCAUCUUUUAAAUGUUCAUUACGCUGAUGAAUUUUGUGAGGACCUUGAACUGUUUUCUAUGUGGUUUGAUCUUCACAUGCAAGCUAAGAAAUCCAAGGAUUUACAAGAAAAUUGGGUCGAUGCUCAAGAAAGUUCUGAGGCUGCUGUAGAAGAAGAUUGGGUGGAUUCACAAGAGUAA